AUGCUGCGCUCUCUAAGUCGGCGCAGCACUCGGCUCUUCUCGACGCAUCCUCCUGCUGCGUGCAAGCCCGCGCUCGUGGUGUUUGACAAGGACGGGACGCUCAUCGACUUCAACUUGAUGUGGGGCGGCUGGGUCGAGUCGGUGGCCUGGCAGCUCGAAAUGACGACCAAGCUGCCCGUGCGCGAGAAGCUCUUCACGGCCAUGGGCUACGACUGGAUCUCGCGCUCGAUUCGAUCGAAAGGCGCGCUUUGCUGCACCCCGAUGGGCGAGCUGUACCAAGUCGCGGUCAAGGUCCUCCUCGACGAAGGUGUCGCGGCCGACGCCGCCGAGAAGGCCAUCAAAAAGGUAUGGCAGAUGCCGGACGCUGUCAACACGUCGCGGCCGCUCGCCGAUAUUCCAGCGCUCUUUUUGACCAUCAAACGCAUGGGCAUCAAGAUCGCCGUGUGCACGGCCGACAACCGUGCGCCGACCAUGGCGACGCUCCAGCAUCUUCAAGUCGACCACCUCGUGGACGCCAUCUCAUGCGGCGACGACGGACUGCCGGCCAAACCCGCGCCCGAGCAGAUCUGGACCAUGUGCCACAACCUUGGCAUCGCGCCCCACAACACCAUCAUGAUCGGUGACACGUGCACCGACAUGCUUCUUGGAAAGCACGCGGGCUGCGGCCUCUCGAUCGGCGUCCUUGGCGGCGCCUCGUCGCUUGAAGACCUCGCGGAAGACGCCGACGUCCUCGUGCCCAACUUGCCCAAGAUCAUCAAGGUGCUCUUCCAGUACAGCCAGCAAGCCAGUUCGUCAACCUAA